UAUAGAACAGAUGAAUAUUGAAACCAUUCCAUUUAACAUUGAUUCUGAUUACACCUUAAUUUCAAGAAAGGACUCGACUGGUCCGUACUGAAUAUCGCUGUAAGGAAAUUUAACGGUAACAAAAGGUUUUAAAAAAAAUGGAAAAAACAAAUAGGAAGUGGUGAAGGAAAACGGUGGGAGAAGUUACGGGACUGAAAAAGUGGAUAAGGUAGUAGCUGUGUAUCUCUCUCUGUAGUGCAAGAAGAAAAGAAAUUUGAUUCCUUUUUUCACUGUAAAGUAUUGUAGGACAAAAAAUGAGCUCUCUUGUUCCCCUCUAUCAGCUAACGCAGUGCUGCUUCAACAAUCUCCAGCGCCGGUGGUCACCGGCUCCCGCCCGAUACCCAUUCAGCAGCAAUAGUAAGGCGAGAGAGAACGAUGACAAUAGCCGAGUCAGACCCAUUAGAGCUUCAGUUGAGACAGCCUCAUUCCCGCUCUUACAACCUCCAAAAGUUGAAGAGCAUUCACCCUCUCAGUUGGAGCCGGCAGACCCUGAUUUGUACAAGAUAGGGUAUGUUCGUAGUAUGCGAGCUUAUGGGGUUGAUUUCAAGGAAGGACCUGAUGGGUUUGGAGUUUAUGCUUCCAAAGAUGUUGAACCUACUCGCCGUGCCAGGGUGAUUAUGGAAAUUCCAAUGGAGUUGAUGUUAACCAUAAGUAAGAAGCUUCCUUGGAUGUUUUUCCCGGACAUAAUACCAGUGGGUCAUCCAAUAUUUGAUAUCAUUAAUUCUACCGAUCCAGAGACAGAUUGGGACCUCAGGUUAGCAUGCCUUCUAUUAUAUGCAUUUGAUCUCGACGACAACUUUUGGCAGCUAUAUGGCGACUUCUUACCUAGUGUAGAAGAGUGCACUAGUUUGCUCCUGGCUACAGAGGAGGACCUCUUGGAGCUGCAGGACCCAAAUCUUGCAUCAACCAUGAGAAAACAACAAUUCAGAGCGUUAGAAUUUUGGGAAAAGAACUGGCAUGAUGGCGUGCCCCUGAAAAUUAAACGCCUUGCUUGUGAUCCUGAGAGAUUUAUAUGGGCUGUGAGUAUGGCACAAUCACGGUGCAUUAACAUGCAAAUGAGGAUUGGUGCUCUUGUUCAAGAUGCAAAUUUAUUAGUUCCUUAUGCUGACAUGCUAAACCAUUCCUUCCAGCCAAAUUGUUUCUUUCACUGGCGAUUUAAGGACCGUAUGCUUGAGGUGAUGAUAAAUGCUGGAGAACGGAUUAGAAAAGGAGAUGAGAUGACGAUCAACUACAUGAACACGCAGAAGAAUGAUAUUUUGAUGCAAAGAUACGGCUUUUCAUCAGCUGUGAAUCCUUGGGAUGCAAUCCAGUUCUCUGGUGAUGCACGCAUACAUUUGGAUUCCUUCCUCUCAGUCUUCAAUAUAUCUGGGCUUCCUGAAGAAUAUUAUCAUAACAGUGAUUUGUCCAGUGAUAAUGAUACUUUUGUAGAUGGAGCUGUCAUAGCAGCAGCAAGAAUAUUACCCACUUGGUCGGAUGGGGAUAUGUCUCUAAUCCCAAGCACAGAAAGGAAAGCUGCUAAGCAGUUACAGGAAGAGUGCCAACAAAUGCUUGCAGAAUUUCCAACCAAUUCUGAGCAAGACCAGAAUUUGCUAGAUUCUAUUCCAGACCCUAGGAGGACAUAUGAAGCUGCAAUCAAGUAUAGAUUGCAUCGGAAGUUGUUCAUUGAGAAGCUUGUCCAGGCACUGGACAUUUAUCAAGAGAGGAUAUUGUUCUAAUCAUGGAUUUUUCAUCAUUAGAACCACAUUUUCUGUCACACGGUUGAUGAAGAAAGUACAAGUCUACAAGAUACAUGGCAGUAACCGAGGGAUCAGCCAGCCGGAUGUAUUAAUUUUCAAAUGGUUACAAUGUGUAAAGAUAAUCAUUUCUCAUUACAAGGCUACAGAUCAAUUGAUUGAAAAUGUAGUAUAGCUAUUUUGGAUAUCAAAUGCUGCAAUUGAUAGAAACUAGAUUGCCAUAUGGGUUA